AUAGUUUCCUACAGUUACUGACAUGAGAAAAAGCCCCAUUUUGUUGAAAUAAGAUAAAAAUCUUUUUGCGUUUUUACUUUUUUAUUCAUUAAUUGUAGUUGUAACUUUGUUUCCUGUGUUGUUUCUUUUAUAAUAAAAUAGAAUAUAUUCUAAUAGAUCAAAUUUCUCUUUUUAUAAAAUUAUUACAAUAUGGAAAAUCACAUCAGACCACCACAACCUUUAAGUAAUAAUUCGCCCAAGACCUGGCUUCUUUGGAAAGAAGAAUUUCUUAUCUUCAUGAAAUUGCUUGGGCAUAUGUCUCGUCCAGAAUACUAUAAGGCAAAUCUUUUCAAAAAUUUUAUAGGACCAGUAGGUUUAGAAAUAAUAUCAAAGAUAUCAUUUAACCACCCAAAUGAUAAAGAUAAUUUGGAUAUAAUAAUAAAAAAAAUAGAUGAAUAUCAUAAUCCUCCACGAAAGGAAAUAGAAAGACGAUAUCAAUUUUUUAAUAGCUCUAUGAAAAGCAAUGAAACAAUAGAAAAUUAUAUCCAAAGUUUAAAGGAGAAAGCAAAAGAAUGUAAAUUUGAUAAUUUGGAAGAAAGUUUAAUAAUAGAUGUUGUCGUUCUUCAUGCUAAGGAUAAAGUAUUACGCAAAAAAUAUUUGCAAGAAGAUAAUCUUAAUUGUGAAAAAAUUAUAGAAAUUUAUAAAAAUCAUAGAAUUGCAACAUUAGAAAGUAAUUCUACUACAAAUUCUACAGCUUUACCUAAACAAAAAAAUAAACCAAUUCCAGUUUCUAAAGAAACAGAAUCUUCUAAUGUUUCACAAAAGAAAUCUUGUUGGAGAUGUAAAAGUACACAUGAAAUAAGACAAUGUCCAGCUUGGAAUUACAAGUGUAAAAAUUGUGGUGAACUGCAUCAUUUUGAAAUAUCUUGUCGAAAUGUUGCAUCAAGCCAGAAUAAACCAUGCUAUAAAAAUAUGAAUAAUCUUAAUAAAAAUGGAAAACCAGGGAACCAUAAUAAAACAUUAAACAAUCUGUUAAAAUAAUAUUCUAUAUCUUUAUAAGAUAAAGUAUUUCAAUAUGCAAUAAUCUUUAUAACAAAUUUUGCAAUUAUAUAAUUAUUUUUAAAUAUAUAUGGUAUUUUAAUAUAAGUAUUUUAUAUAAUGUUUUAAUACAUAGAAUGUAUUAUUGUUUUAUUAUUUUAUGUAACAGAUAAAUAUAUAAUGAAAAUAAUUUUAAGAUA